CUCGAAUGAGACAGGUGAGCCCAUGGCGAAGAUGAAAGGAGGAGGGCACAGCAGGAUGGAUCCGACUGCAAUAUUUUAGUAGCCGUUUCCUGGGAUGUCGGGAACCAGGACAUGCCGUUAGGCGAGUGGAUUAUGAAGGAACCAGGACAUUGAGCAAGGACUGGGAAACGGUAGCUUUAGGAUCGGCGUUUGUAACUGCUCGGAGGUUGCACGAAGGUCGCAGGAGGUCGCACGGUGGUCGCACGAAGGUCACAGGAAGUCGCACGAAGGUCUCGCGGAGGUCGCACGGAAGCUGCGGUUUGGAAUGGCGUCGCCGUGGGCUCAGCACGCGCCCGUAUUCGGCGCGCGCUGCAGCCAAUUCCCGGUAGAGCAACUCGAAUUUCCGCUCGGCGCGCAGGUCCUUGCGACGCCAUGGUCGCAUCAGUCGCCGUCCUCGUCGCUUGCUCAUCGUCAUUCCCGCCAGCAGCAUGACUCUGCGACGCUAUGCGACGAGAAUCCGCCGCUUGAUUUAUUCGCUGAGUGUGACGUGGCGGCGGAGUUCUUAGAUCUCCUGGACGCCAUUACCGACGGCUCGCACUCGAAUGGGCCCUGCUUCGACGAAGGACAGCCGCAGAGCGAUGCUAACUUAUUGCACCAGCAGCAGCAGCAGCAGCAGCAGCAGCGCCACUGCGAGCAGCAGCAGGCGCAGGCGGAACAACCCUCCCGGCAGUUCUCUUCCCCGUCAGGCUCCGCCGAUGAUCCUGCCACGCCCGUUUCCGUUGCCGCCGCCGUUCUUGCUAGCACAGCAGCCGCUGCGCCACCUCCCGUUGGUAAUACUAGUUCUAUGGCGGCGACGAUAGCAUUCCCUGCGCCGCGGCACGCGCAGUCGUUGGAACCCCUGGAGUCGGAGUCGUUUCACGACGAGGCGGGGGCUGCAGCGUGUAUGGCGGGGGUGAAUGGCGGUGGCGCCGACGACCCCAUCGACGUGUUCCUCGGCAGCCUGUUCGCGCAUCCAGAAGGGGGUCAUGCAUCUGCUGCCACUGCCGCCAGUCAUCCGCCGCUGCAAGGCGCUCCGAUUUGCGAAGACCUCGCGGAUAUGCGCCAGACAGAGGGUUGGCAUUCGGAGUCGUUAAUAGUAGCACCCCCUCCUGCCUCUGCCUCAUGGGCCUCGCUGCUGCCGUUGCACGGGGAAGGAGCGCACUGGCCGCAGCAGCAGCAGCAGCAGCAGCAGCUGAUGAUGAUGACGGCAGAAGGGAACGAGCCCUCGCGCGAACGUGUGCUCCAAGGGAGCGAGGGCGAAACGGCGUGUGCGGGAAUCGAGAGGAGCGGAUAUGCGGUGGGGGAAUCGAGCACGGGCGGAACCAGGGUGGGCGGAACCGACGUGCGGCAGGUGCAGGGCUCAACGUCUCCAUGGGAGCUCCCUGGCGCGGGCCUUAUUGGGGCGGAGGCUGCGGAGGGGAGUGGUGCGGGAAGUAUGGAGACAAGCUGGGAGCGAAGCGAGGGUAGUGCGAGUGGCGAGGGCAGUGCGAUGGCGGAGGGUGGAUCCGUUGCUCCUGCUGCUGCUGCUGGUGCUGAUGCUCGGGUAGGACAGCAACUGGGCGAGCUGCGGGGCGCACAGCAGCAGCAACAGAUGCAACAGAAGCAGCACAAUAAACAACCCCAGCCGCAGCAGAAGCAGCAGCAGCAGCAAAAUAUACCGCCAAAUCAACAACAGGCACCUGGCAGCAUGCCUCGCAGGCGGCAGCUGCCCAACCUGUCGGGGCGACUGGCAGCACUCAUAGACCGCAUCAGCGAUGGCAGCAAGGCAAGAGCUAAAUCCCAGGCCAACGCCAAACGCCGCGCGCUAAACAGCGCUAUGGCAGGAGAUUGUUCCCGUGAGGGAGGCUUGGGGCCCGAGGUAAGACCAGCAGGGGAUGUGAUGAGAGCCGUGCAGGGUGCUGGCCUAGAGGGUGCCCCGGAGGGUGCAGUGGGUGCGCGGGUGGGAGUCACUGGUUUUGGUGGUGGGUUUGUAGGUUCGCCGAGUGCGGGCGGUGGUCUGCCCUCUGGUGGGCUGGUAAGCGGGGAGCAGAGUAGCGGGGAUGAGGGCAUGGUGGGUGGGUAUGGAGGGGAGUCAGGCAGCAAGCGGCGAGCAAUGCAGGGGCAAGGGGCGCAGGGGCUCACAGCAGGGCACACAGCAUGGGGCGUGGGGCUACAAGACGGCGCAGGGUUUGUGGUGGGUGGUGGCAUGGAUGGAGGGGUGCAACCGCCAUGGCAGUUCCACCCCAGCGCAGUUCUCGCCUCUGCUGCUCCCACUGCGACUGCCUUUCCGCUCAACCCUACUACCGCUACUGCUGCUGCCACUGCUGCUACUGCUGCUACUGCUGGCUCUCCUGCCUGGUUGCUGUCAGGCGGCGCAGGCGGCCUAUCAGGAGACGUGGAUCCGUUCCUCCUAUCGGAGCACAUCAGGCGCUGUGCGCCCUCACUCGCCCUCGCCCCCGCCAUGCUCGCCGCCCCCCACGACUCCUUCGGCGCUCUGCAACUGCCCUCCCUUGCCACCACCCAUACUCGCGCCUCCCAUCCGCACUCGUACACAACAGCCAGAGGGCCUGCCUCGAUCUCUCCUCUUUUCUCGUACCACUCGCUGCUGCCCUCUGUGCUGUCUGGUGGUGCUGCGGCCAGCAGAAUAACAAGUGACUUUACGUCCAUGCCUGUGCCCAUGUCCAUGCAUUCGCCCAUGCCUAUGCGCUUUCACGUGCCUGUGCAUGAGCCGGUGCACAUGGCCACACCCAUGCCCACGCCCAUGCCCAUGCCCAUGCCCAUGGCUGUGCCGAGGCCCAUGCGUGCAGGCGUGCACAUGGGCAAGAGCGAUCUGAGCAUGGGUGAGGUGAGGCAGCUCGUGCUGGCCCUGGCUGAAGCCAUCGCUACGUCAGACAUGGACCGUGUGGCGGGGCUGCGGGUGCGCCUGGCAGCAGCUGCGUGCGGUGUGGGGCGGCCAUCUCAGCGUGCGGCGCACUGCUUCCUGGACGCGCUCACGUGCCGCCUGCAGGGCGGCGGCGCGCAGCGGUUGUACAAUGCCAGCUUCACCUCGCAUGAGAUGAUGCAAUCGCGCUACGUUUACUUCUCCACCACGCCCUUCAUCAGCUUCCUCUACGCCACCGUCCAUUCCGCCAUCCUGCAUGCGCUCUCGCCCUCCUCUCGCCUCUCCGCCACCCCUCCCACUGCCAUCGUCUCCACCCGCUCUCCUGCCUUCCAUCUCUGCGUUCCUUUCGAUCCCCCCUCCGCUCACUCCCUCACGUCACGUCCUGCUGCUGCCAGCACCAGCAGCAGCAGCUACUGCAGCGAUGGCUCUGGAGAGACGUCUGGUUUCGGAGCAGCAGCAGCAGCAGCAGCAGCACGAGACACAGCAGCAGCGCUUGAGGCAGCAAGAGCAGGAGCGAGGCCAGCAGGGUACGACACAGGGACUAAGAACCCGAGGCAAAGAGUGCGGGAGGCCCUGCACAUAAUCGACUUUGGUGUGUACCUGGGCGGGCAGUGGCUGCUGCUACUGCGCCGCCUCUCCUCCCUGCCUGGCGGGCCCCCGCGCUGCGUGCGAAUCACCUCCAUUGACAACUGCUUUCGCGCUGGACGAGCAGCCAGACCAGGGGCGGCAGCAACAGGCGCAUCAGAGGCAGGGUCAGGGGCAUGUGGAGUAGGUGGAGCAGCGUGGGAGGGGCUGGUGGAUGACUGGGACCAGUGCUGGGUGGAGGACUGUGAGAGGCUGAAGCAUGAGGAGCUGGGGAGGACGCUCACAACGGAGCUGACGGCCGAGGCAGCGGCGCUGGGCAUAGAGAGGUUCGAGCACCGAGUGGUCACGAUCCACAAGGACAACCUUGCGGAUAGCCUCGGCCAGGUGGAGGCCCGGCGACGGGGGAGGAAGAGGGGGGGGAGAGGGUUGAGGGGAGUGGGAAGCGUGUGUGCUGGUGGGAGGAGGAUGCAUGGGUGCAUGGAGGAAGCAGCUGUGGAGGGGAGCUGGGAGGAGGAGGAGGGGGGGGAGGAGGAGGAGGAGGAGGAGUUGGUGGCGGUGUGUUGCUGUCUGGAGCUUCUGUACUUUCACGACAGCUCUGUCAUGCGCAGCAGUCCCAGGGACACCGUUCUCAAGUGGAUUUUCUCUCUGUCGCCCGACAUUUUUACGUUUAAGGAGUUUGACCUGUCUGCCAACGGCCCCUUCUUCCUCUCGCGCCUGCGCAACUGCUUCGACUACCACGCCUCGCUCUUCGAGUGCCACGAGACCCUCUCUGCAUCUCCUGCCUCCAAGCAAGGGACCGCGGCAAGUAGACUCCAGCAGCAACAGCAACAGCAACAGCAACAGCAGCAGCAGCACUGCCAGCAGCCGCAGCAUCUGUCUGCUGAUCCCCAGCCCCUUGCAGGAAGCACCUCCCUCCCUCCUCCUAGCCCCUCACCUGCCCCAAGGGAAACACCUACCCGUCGGGACCACAUCCUCGCUUUUGAGCAGUCCCUUUUCGGGUACAACAUUAUGAACAUGGUGGCCACGGAGGGUAUGCAGCGCUCAGUGCGCCCCGAGAGCCUCUCUGGGUGGUCGCAGCGCAUACGCCGCGCAGGGUUCGUGCCGCUCCCCGUGCCGGCAGACGUGCUGGAGGAGACGUAUUGUGUGGUUCGGGACUUCCCGCCCGGGUUUGGCGUGCUGGCCACAGAAGGCGCCGUGCAACUCAUGUGGCAAGGGCGCCCGUUGCUCCUGUCCACUCUCUGGCAGGUGCCCUGGAUUAUGGGAUGAGAGUAUGGGGUGAUUCUUUUGUCAACUAAUUUAUUAUAUAUAUAUAUAUAUAUAUAGUUGUGUAGGCUUGGUAGGUUUUCUACAAUUCUGGAUCCUACUGUAGAGAGGACAACCCCCCUUCUUGUACCCCUCUCUUUCCUAGUUCAUGUCAACUUAGUCAUAUUAGCUAUGUAGAAGUUGUUGGGCUGAGAAAUGCCCUUAGGAUAUUUCCAGAGACUAAGUCCCAGUUGUAAAAGACUUUG